AUGAGGCUCUUCCACAUCCUGCUGUUGCCUCUCUGCCUGCUCUUCGCCCAGAUGGACCCAGGUGCUGGCCUGCUUGCGAGUCUGCUACACAGGAGUCCAGAAUACAUAUGCGCCAAAAAGGGGGGGACCUGCAAUUUCUCUCCAUGCCCACUUUACACCCAUGCCUUGGGCGACUGCUACAAAGGGAGGGCCAAGUGCUGCCUCUGA